UGGCUGCCAGGAGCCAGGACAUUCAGGACAGCUGGGUGCUGGUAAUCCCAUUUGCAGGCAGCGCUGGGCUAAUCCUCGCAGAGCCCUGAGCGGAUUGGGGUGGGUUUGGGGAAUCAGUGGCAAGCUGCAGUGCCCAAGGGAGCCCGUGCAUCCUGGGGGUGGCUUCCCGGGCAGGUGGCAGUGAAUGUGCGGGGGACACUGAAACAGGAGGACACCAAGGACCUUUUUGGGCUGCUCUGUGGACACCGUGAGUGGCUGGUGCACCCCGGGAAGUGUGUGCUACUGCUGCUGGUCUCUCGCCGGUCACAGACCCCUCCUCGCUACUCGAAGGUGGUGGGAUGCUGAGCUGGAUCGAGCGGGUUGUUCCCCAGCCCCCAGUGCCCCAUCCAGCAGAGGUGACGCCGCCAGUCCUAGUGCAGGACCCGGAGCCACCCAAGGCACCAACAGGAAAAGCUGGUGGCCCUGGGGAUGCUGCUGACCGCACACGCGCUGAAGAAACAGAAAAGAAGGUGGGAUGUCCAGUUCCCAAGGACCAAGGCUCUGUGUUUGAGAGUGUAGGGAGCAAUGUUCUCUCCUGGAUCUCCCAGGGGCUGGAGAAGGUGAUUCCCCAGCCAGCCCCAGGGACAAUGCAGUCACUUGGGAAGAGCUUUGAGACAAGCAUUGAUGUUCCUGAUCAGACAGAGGUCCAGAUCCUCGCGGACAAGGAAGAGGAUGCUCUGGAGAUAAUCCCCAUCGAUCUGGAGGAGGACGAACUGGAUGACUGCAAUGACAACACUGGCCCAGAUACUGGCACAGAGGAAUGGGCAGGAGCACGAGUGCUCAGCUGGCUGGUGCAGGGCUUUGAGAGGAUUGUGCCACAGCCGGAGGUGCUGAAAAAGCCAGAGCUGGAGCCAAAGGAGCAGAAGUGUGAAGCUGUGGCGGGAGGCACAAAAGGGGCUAAAACCCAGGCAAAGUCAAAAAGCAGUGUUUCAGCCACUCAGAGCAUCCCAGUAGCAGUGGAGCCAGCAGUGGUCAAGGCACAGCCGGAGCCGGUGGCUACCGUUGUCCCACGGUCCCCAGCUGGGGACGGCAGCAGGAUGUUUGCCUGGUUUGUCCAGGGGCUGGAGAAGGUGAUGCCGCAGCCGGUCACCAGGGAGAAGCAGGACACACAGGGAGUGGCUGCAGCAACCUUGAGUCCCGUGGAAGAAAUUCAUAUUGUCCCUGGGGAACCUGAGGAGACCGACCUCAUCUUGGAAGAGAUUGAUGAUGACUGGAUUAAUGAAGCCACGUGUGAAAUGAUGGCCCGGGGUCGUGAGGCUGAGCUGGUGGCAGAUGCUCAUCCCCUUCACCCUAUACAGGAGGAACCACAGGAAGAAGAAAACAGGCUCUGGUUGUGCUCCCUGAGCGGUGCUGAAGAGGAGGAGGAGGAGGAAGAGGAAAAGGAGGAGGAGAGGGAAGAAGAGGAGGAGGAGGAGGGGGAAGAAGAAGAGGAGGAAAAGAAGGAGGAGGAGGGGAAAGAAGAGGAAGAGGAAAAGAAGGAGGAGGAGGAGGAGGGGGAAGAAGAAGAGGAGGAAGAGAAGAAGGAGGAGGAGGAAGAGGAGGAGGAGGAGGUGGUGGUGGAGAGUGCAGGACCCCUGCUCCUGUCGCCUUGUCUGACCAUUGACGAGGGUGUGGAUGAAGUGUACUUUGCGGAGGAGGCUCUCAGGUUUGAGCAGACGGAAGAACCUGAGAUAAGUGAUCUUGAAGGUGCUUUUUUACAGGUGGAAGAGGAGACAGCUGAAGCUGCUGAAACUGAUGCUGAAGGCAAUUACCCCACUGUGGAUAUCAAGGAUGUGGACAGCGGAGAGGAUACUGUGGAGAACGAUGGUACCCACUUACCAGUGCCCACUGCCAACUCUCCCAACAUGCUGGUGGUGCCUGGCACGGCACCAGCAUCGCCCAGGAGGAAGCUGCUGGCCCCUGAGGAUGGUCUGGACAAGGGACCAGUGAGCCAGUUGCCCACCCAAGAGCAGCAGGGCUGGGACGAGGAGCAGAGGGAAAGCCUGCCCAUGCGCACCGGUUCAGCCACAAGCCUGAGCAGUGCCAUCGUCAACCAGCGGCUCCAGGAGCUGGUGAAGCUCUUCAGAGAGAGAACUGAUAAGGUGAAGGAGAAGUUGACUGACCCUGAUAUCACCUCGGAUGAUGAGAGCCCCGCAACAUCCCCUGCCAAGCCAGCACCUGCACCAGCACCAGUGCCUCCCCCAGGAGGGGAACCAGAGGGGGACAAGUCAGCAGGGGAUGAGCACUACUGCGAGAUGCUGUGCUGCAAGUUCAAGUGCCGGCCCUGGCUGUACCACCUGAAAAACUACCAAUUCCCCAGCAGCAUUGACCCGUUCACCAAUCUGAUGUACGUACUGUGGCUGUUCUUCGUUGUCAUGGCCUGGAACUGGAACUGCUGGUUGAUCCCCGUCCGCUGGGCUUUCCCCUACCAGACACCAUCAAACAUCCACUGCUGGCUGUUCAUGGACUACCUCUGCGACCUCAUCUAUCUGCUGGACAUCCUCGUCUUUCAGACCCGGCUGCAGUUUGUCCGGGGGGGAGACAUAAUAACUGAUAAAAAGGCCAUGAAAGAGCACUACCUGCAGUCAGAACGCUUUAAGAUGGAUGUGGUAUGCCUCCUGCCCCUGGAUUUCUUGUACUUCAAAGUUGGUGUCAACCCACUCCUGCGUUUUCCUCGCUGUCUGAAGUAUUUGGCCUUCUUCGAGUUCAACAACCGCCUGGAAGCUAUCUUGAGCAAGGCAUACAUCUACAGAGUAAUUCGGACCACUGCCUAUUUACUGUACUGCUUGCAUGUGAACUCCUGCCUCUAUUACUGGGCAUCAGACUAUGAAGGACUGGGCUCUACCACCUGGGUCUAUGAUGGGGAAGGAAACAGCUAUAUCCGCUGCUACUACUGGGCAGUCAAAACCCUCAUCACCAUCGGGGGCCUGCCAGACCCCAAGACGCUGUUUGAGAUUGUCUUCCAGCUGCUGAACUACUUCACAGGUGUCUUUGCUUUCUCCGUCAUGAUAGGGCAGAUGAGAGAUGUGGUUGGUGCUGCUACUGCAGGGCAAACUUACUAUCGGAGCUGCAUGGACAGUACCAUUAAAUACAUGAACUUCUACAGAAUCCCUAAACCUGUUCAGAACCGAGUGAAAAUGUGGUACGAGUACACAUGGCAUUCGCAAGGCAUGCUAGAUGAGUUGGAGUUGCUGGUGCAGCUGCCAGACAAGAUGAGGCUGGACAUUGCCAUUGAUGUGAACUACAACAUCGUGAGCAAAGUGGCCCUCUUUCAGGGCUGCGACAGGCAGAUGAUCUUUGACAUGCUGAAGCGGCUCAGAUCAGUGGUCUACCUGCCAAGUGACUACGUGUGUAAGAAGGGAGAAAUUGGCCGCGAGAUGUAUAUCAUCCAGGCGGGACAAGUGCAGGUGCUGGGGGGACCCGAUGGCAAAACCGUGCUGGUGACUCUGAAAGCUGGGUCUGUGUUCGGGGAAAUAAGCUUGCUGGCGGCAGGAGGGGGAAAUCGCCGAACAGCAAAUGUUGUAGCUCACGGCUUCGCCAACCUUUUCAUUUUGGAUAAAAAGGACUUGAACGAGAUUUUGGUGCAUUAUCCAGAGUCUCAGAAACUGCUGCGUAAGAAAGCCAGAAAAAUGCUGAAUACCAACAAUAAACCCCGAGAUGAGAAAGCGCCUGGAGACCCCCUGAUCAUUCGCCCAAAAGUUGACACCCCAAAACUCUUCCAGGCUGCUCUAGCUGCCUCAGGGAGGAUGGGUCACAAAGGGCCACUGGCGCAGCUCCGGUGGAGGCUGAAGGAGAUGCAGGCAGCACAGGAUUCCAGCCUCAGUCCAGUCCCACCGGAAUCACCAACGCACCACAGAUCGCCUGUCACCCACCAAAGAGCACCCACCCCGCUGGGAGAAGAAAUAUUCUCAAAAUCUUCUGAUAGUUUAGUCACCAUUCGCGUGAUUUCUACUGCACAAGAGGAUGAAGAAAUCCUUGCUGCUGAGAUUUCAGAGAAAGAAGACGAUGAAAAAGAAGAGAAAGUAAAAACAGAGCAGGAGUAGGAGUCAGGCAAAUGCCUGGGGUAGAAGCUUUUUGUCGUUAACAAUUUCCAUGCAGUGGCUGUAGGCUUCACUAAGUGCUGCAGGUAGGAUCUGCCUUUCUUGUCUGCCUAGACCUUCACCCACUGUUGAUAAAACCCUCUGCCAUAUGACCCAGAACCAUCCAAGGUUCCUUUGCUCUAGAGACAUACUUUUAUUGAGCAUCUCUAUGAAUAUUCCCACUAAACAUCAGGCCAGACCUUUUGCUUCAAAAUCCAGCCUUACAGAGAGGGAGCCCUGAAGAAAUCGCUUUUUAUGGCUCUGGAUGGUUAAUGAGUGUUCAGAUAAAGUGUGAAGAGUUAUUCACCUCUGACAGCUGAGUCACCGCUUGGCCAGAAACAACCAGGGGAAAAAAAAAACAACAAGGUUUGGGCUCAAGGUUGUCAGCAGCAGCUGGAGAGUGAUUCAUCCAGAAAGGAUGUGGACUAUGCUCACAAGCAGAGCACAGACCAAAUCACACUGUCACAGAAGGCUGAGGUCCAUCCCAGUGUGUAUAGUCUGCAGUAUGCUCAGUGGUCCCAGUGUGGUGCCAAAACCAUGUUGGGAUUGCCACUGGCAAGAGGAGUUCCGUGUGGGGAGGUGGUGGGCUUUCUAUCACUGGUAGCUGUUACAGAGAGAUUUGAUGAGCGUUUUCCAGGUAUGGAGAAGCACAUGGAUGAGGACAUGGACAUCCCUUCCAGCCCUGGGUUUCCAUAGGUGCACCAACCUGCUGCUGCCCAGAGGGGUGAACUGAGUGCAGGAAGGGAGGAGCCAUGUUGGUUUCCAGGUGGGAUGGGAAGAGAAGUGCAUUAAGUCCUCUCCUCUCCCAGCCCACACUCCAGAGGCCAGAGCCUGUAGCGUGCAAACAAGCAUGCACAAGAAUGCAGGUGGUCCCCUGUGCUCAUUGCUGGACCUCAGUGAUCUGCCACAUUUCCAGCAGCCAAUUUCCAACCCCUUUUGGUCACUUGGCUGGCUCUUGGCCACAUCUCCCACAUUGAAGCUCAUCAUUGCAGCAGGGUGAUUGUGAAGGCUGUGUGGGGACCGGGCACUGAUGGGGAGGUGAACACCUGGUUUGCAGCCAGCAUGCCCAGCUGAUGGCUAGAGGGAUCCAGUCUUCCUCCAGCACCACCAGUUCUCCAUCUUCCUCCAACCCAGCACCAACCAGAGCAAACUGCUGGUGGGCUGAGAGGUGGCAAGAAGCGGUGGGUGAGCCGGUGCCGGGGGAGGCGAUGCAGAUACUCCCCAAGGUUUCGACUGACCACGUCUCUGGGGCACGGCUGGCUCCAUCGAGAGGAGCCAGCUUCCAUCCUCUGGAGGAGAAGCUGGGGCAGGCUUUGCUGCAGGGAGCAGCCCCGGCGCCACAGCCAAGGGACUUUUCAGAUGUUCAGCAAAUACUGAGCAGCGCUGCAGGUUUCACAGGUCUGGCCCUGAGACAGCCGGGCUGUUCGUGACAGGUGGCAGCACUGGUGUCACCCUGCACGUGGGUGAUCACCCACCAGCAGCCUGGGGCUGAGCUUCACCUCCUACAGGGUCGUUUUAUUUUGUCGCAUUUUUUCCCUCUCUUGCAAAAUAGAUUCCUGUGGCAGAAAAAGCCAGAGUACAUGUUGGUGUUAAUUAACAAUGGCUUGAUCUCUUUCAAACAAAUUUAAUGAGCUAAAAUAUACUGCAGGAGGGUCUGAAGCCACCACUGCCCUUAACAUUGCCGGGGAAAACCUGGGCUCUCACAAACCUCCCUAAAUACUUCUCAUCCUCAGUCAUUUGCAAGUGGUUUCCUGAUGGGGAGAAGUUUUUGCUGGGGAGUGCAAAGUAUUUUUUUUUCACUAUAUAAAUAUUUGUAUAAUCAAACCAGGAAAUGUGCAAAAGUCAAACUGAGGGUUUGGUUUUUUGCUACAAUUUGAUACGGUUUAGAAAAAGCGUUUAAAUAAAUAGUGGGCUGUAAUGUCUUUCAUAAUUCACUAUAUCUACAAUAAACACCAUGUAGAUUGCC